CCAACGCCAACGGCCCAACGUGCAUGUGAUCGGAGUGCCCGGGUAUUUCUUCCCUAGAAAAUGCCUCACUUUCCUUCGCUUUCUUUCCAUCAUCUGACCGACCAACUCGCCCUCUUCGCCUUCCACUUCCUCAAAAUUUGGCUUCCAAGUUCUGGGAUUCGAUUUCGAGCUUCUUUCGUCUUCAAUUGGGCUAUAGUUAUCUGCCUGUGUCACUUGAGAACAUAGGCACCAUGAUCAUUUAGAAACAGUUCAGGGGAUGGCCUUCUCGAUCAUGUCCGAGGAAGAUGACCCUCAUUCAUAUUGGGAUAAAACAAGAACACCUUUUCGUAUCUUCUUCAAGGAUGCCAAGCAUGUUUGUAAGUUGGAUGAACUUGGUCGGGAAAUAGCACAGAUUGCUUUGCCUGCCACACUGGCUUUGGCGGCUGAUCCAGUAGCUUCUCUGGUCGACACAGCAUUCAUUGGCCACAUAGGUUCGGUGGAGCUUGCUGCUGUUGGGGUUGCUAUUGCUUUAUUUAAUCAAGUUUCAAGAGUUGCAAUUUUCCCGCUUGUAAGUGUCACCACAUCUUUCGUUGCUGAGGAAGAUUCAAUUGGAAGUGUUUCUAAUGAAGCAGAGGAUAAUAACGAUAUGGACAGAGGUUUCUUUACAAAUGAUGAUAAAAAAUUGAUGAUCCCACAAAAUGGGAAAAGUGAAGAUGCACACCAUUCAAAGCCAUUAGAUAGGAAAGUUGAGAAUGGAAGAAGAUAUAUCCCAUCAGCCUCAUCGGCUUUGGUUAUUGGCGGUGUUCUUGGCCUUGUUCAAGCCAUCUUCUUGAUAUCUGGGGCUAGACCCCUAUUAAAUUUUAUGGGAGUCAAGUCUGAUUCUCUGAUGAUGACUCCUGCACAGCAGUACUUGACACUGAGGUCACUCGGUGCCCCAGCAGUUCUUCUCUCCUUGGCCAUGCAAGGGAUCUUUCGUGGAUUUAAGGACACAAAAACUCCUUUAUAUGCAACUGUGGCAGGAGAUGCAACAAACAUUAUUCUAGACCCAAUAUUCAUAUUCAAUUUUCGUUUAGGCGUCAGUGGUGCAGCCAUUGCACAUGUUAUAUCACAAUACCUAACUGCACUGAUACUCUUUUGGAGAUUAAUGGGACACGUUGAUCUCUUACCUCCCAGUAUCAAACAUCUGCAAUUUAGUCGAUUUCUGAAAAAUGGUUUUCUAUUGUUAAUGAGAGUUAUUGCUGUGACUUUCUGUGUGACCCUUGCUGGGUCAUUGGCUGCACGUCAGGGAUCGACAUCAAUGGCUGCAUUUCAGGUCUGCUUGCAGGUUUGGUUGACAACGUCUCUACUUGCCGAUGGACUAGCUGUUGCUGGACAGGCAAUACUAGCAAGUGCCUUUGCCCAAAACGACCAGAAUAAGGCGACGGCUGCAGCAUCUAGAGUAUUGCAGCUGGGAUUGUUUCUGGGAUUGAUACUCGCUGUCUUCCUUGGAGUUGGGAUGACAUUUGGAGCGAAGUUAUUUACAAGUGAUGUUGGCGUUCUCCACCUUAUUGGCGUAGGAAUUCCAUUUGUUGCUGCUAUGCAACCAAUCAACGCCUUGGCAUUUGUUUUUGAUGGUGUCAACUUUGGAGCUUCUGAUUUUGCAUACUCAGCUUACUCCUUGGUUCUGGUGGCUAUAAUCAGCAUUUUCUGUUUGUUCAUUCUCUCUGCAACUCAAAGAUUCAUCGGCAUCUGGGUCGCCUUAACUAUCUACAUGAGCCUACGAACACUAGCCGGAUUCUGGAGGGUAGGCACUGGAACAGGCCCUUGGUAUUUCCUCCGGAGCUAGGAUACAGUUUGUUCGUUGAACAUCGAUAAGCUGAUCGGUGACGUUUCUUUUACAGAAUCACCAUGUAAUUUAUCUCCAAAGACAUACCUCCAUACACAGGGUUUUACAUCAGGACAUCCAAGCAUAAAACCUUAAAAUUGUGAAAAGCUUCGAGUUCAUGUACAGAAGAGAGAUGGCUGCCUGUUCUUGCACGUAUACGACAAGAAAAUUGAAGAUGUUUCAGUGUUUUGUAGUUGUAAAUGGCAGUUCUGAGAGUGAUUAUCAGUGUAAUAACUGAAAAUUGUUUUAAAUUUUAUUUAAGUUUUUUAUAUGCAAUCUUUUUACUUUGAAACUAUU